AUGCAUAUUGGCCGACAACGUAAUGCAUUAUGUCAAUCUCCGUGUCCCGGUCACCUACGGGACGACAGUAUGAAAGACAUUAGUAGUGGCAAGUACAAUAUAACAUGUGGUGGUUCUGAAGUCUAUUCAUUGUAUAUUGAACAAUCAUAUCAUUUAAAACAUGGCAACUUAUUACAUUAUCAAUUAGAAUUCACUGCAUGCGAAAAAUGGCGAACAGUUGAUGGUUAUGAAAUGAAUAUUAUCGAUUUAAAAAAAGCAUCUGAUAGUGUUUUAAAUACUAUUGAACUUUGCGCUGCCCUGUGUCUUGAUCAAAAUGCUACAACAAAAUAUAUAGCAUUCAAUAGUAAUGACACAUGUGUGUGCAUCUUGGAAACAAAAACACUCUCAUUACAGCAAAAUCGUGCAUUAUAUGUUAGUACAGUACCAAAUCAAGACUGUAAUCGAUAUUGUAAUGCUUCAUCACAAUUACAAACAUACAGAUGUGGUUCAAAAACUGAUGUGCAAAUAUUUGCUAUGUAUAUUUUAAAUGGUUCAUGUCCAGAGACAACAAUAUUCAUGUCAGAAUUAGGAAAAUGUGUAUCAAAGCAAUAUUCAAGUGCUUACUCGAGCUCAACAACAUGCUCAUCACCCAUGAAAGAAUUUGUUUACGACGGUUCAAUUGAUUGGUCAACAUAUUUGAGACUGCUCACGAAAUUAGACCUACAGGAAGAGCGAGUUUUAAUUGAAUUUGCUGAUUAUAUUACACCAAAUAUUUCAUGGCAAUGUGGAUUACCAACAACGACUUCGACUACUACAACGGAGUAUGGUAGCUAUCGACGUCCUUAUAUAAUACAAUCAGGCUCGAGUAUUUGGAGUCAAUUUAGAUUAUCAUCAGAACAGAAACGUUACUCUGUACUCAAUAAUUGUCUAAGAGAUACUGACUCGCUAAGUUAUUAUUAUCCUCGAUCAGGUUAUCGUAUAUGCACUAUGAAACCUCUAGAAAAAUUUUCAUCAACCGAUUCAGAUAAUGAUAAUUCAUCGUAUAUCAUCUCGAUUAGUCAGUUAAAUACGUUUUGUCCACGAGGAUGGUUCGAUAUUAAUAAUCGAUGUUUUAGAAUGACAAAACAAAAAAAGAGUAUGACAUCAGCUAAAAAUGUUUGUAUUUCAAAUCAAGAUGAAGAUAAAACAAUAACGUCAAUGAGAAUUAUGGAUGACGUACAGAAAAAAGUUGAAAAUGAGAGACAUGCUGGCAGCACCUUAAUAUACCAGACACCGUGGGAAGCUAAAAUUGGCUUUUAUCUAUUAGAUAAACAAUUAAUAAAAGAUAAAAAAGGUGAAUGUAUUCAAAAUUGA